AUGAAUGCUACAAAAGGUGACUCCAUCACUGCUACAAUAUACCAGGCUUGUAAUGAUGAAUUUCGAAAAGGAGUUGUUAUAGAUCAAAGUAGACUCAAAAACUCAUCUCAUUCGGUCACUAUUAAGGACAACCAGCUUGAUCUAGUUAUAGACAAAGACGCUAGUGAUGUUGAUGAAAUAUUCAAGAAUCAUGGGAUAGCAAUACCCCCAGAUGAAAUUCUUCAAUCACUUAAUUCAACAGAAGUUAAGAUACCCAUAAAACACCGAGAAGAAUUUCCAUCAGACAUUAACCUUCCAGACCCAGAAUUGCUUAACGUGCUACAUUACUACACUAGUAAGAAGAUAGCUAAGAGUGAUUCAUAUAAAAAAGUAGAAAGAAGUUUAGACGAGACUUCCUUGUUGGCAUUUGGGAUGAUGGUAGAAUCAUGGGUUGAUGAUUUAAUAGACGAGUCUACGGCACAAAUGUUCCUUGAACAUGAUAUGGAAUACGAUGUAAUAGAAGAUGAGGAAGGUAUAUCACUGGAAUCUCUGGGGUCAGACUCUAGUUCUAGCAGUUCAGGCUCAAGCAUAGAUACAGAUACAGAUCUGGAUUAG